UGUCAUUUCCGCUCCACACCAUUGCUUCUUGAUAACUUCAAGAAUUUUCAGCAAAAAAGAAAUUGGGGAUUUUUGUCAAAUCAUGCCAUCUGAACAGAAACAGUUAUUUUGUGAUGAAAAACAACCUAUCUCAAAAAAAUAUUAUGAUGGGAAAAAUGAGAUGGUUGAUACUAUCAGACCAGCACCUAAACCAAACAUUUCAGAGAGUAAUUUUCAUAUUGGACUAAAAAAUGUGAAGAUUGACUUGCCGAAGAUAAGUAUUCCAAAUGAAGUCCUAUUAAAACAUGAAGUUGACAGAUACAGAAAAUUAUUUCAGACUAAACCACAGACUGCAAGAAAAUCUAUCAGUAUAAAGACUAUAAGCUGUGUCAAAGAGUGUAUAUUGCUUCAUAAUUCUGACAGAGAUGAAGGCGAGAGUAUAAAAAUGUCUGCAAAAAUACUCAAUUUCAGCUGUUUAAAAUGCCGAGACAACAUUCGAUAUAGCCCAAAUGACUUGCAAAAACACUUUCAAAUGUGGCACCGUGGCGAAUUACCUUCAUAUCCUUGUGAAAUGUGCAGUUUCUCAGCGAAUGACUUCCAGGUUUUUAAACAACACAGGCGAACCCAUAGAAGCACUUUAGUAAAAUGUGACAUUUGCAACAGUGAGAGUGUAUAUACUUUAUUGAACUUGACAAAGCAUUUCUCAUCCACACAUUGUGUGAAUGGUCAUUUUCAAUGUGAAAAGUGUCAGUUUUCCACCCGAGAUGUUGGCACAUUUGUUCAGCACAUUCAUAGACAUAAUGAAAUUCAUUAUAAAUGUGGUAAAUGCCACCAUGUGUGUUUCACCAAAGGGGAGCUUCAGAAGCACCUUCAUGUUCACUCUGGGACUUUUCCCUUCACUUGUCAAUAUUGUAGCUAUGGUGCCACCAGGAGAGAACACCUCGUAAGGCAUGUCAUCACUUUGCACAAAGAACAUUUAUAUGCAAAAGAAAAACUGGAAAAAGACAAGUAUGACAAAAGGAUGGCAAAGACUUCAGCAGGACUUAAGCUAAUACUAAAAAGAUACAAAAUGGGAGCAUCAAGGAAGACGUUCUGGAAACGCAAGAAAAUUAACAAUGAAAGUGACAGAAGUAUAGAAAAAAACACUCAAGUCCUUAAAAAUAUGAACAAAACACGGGUGAAAUCUGAAGACCAGAGCCACCUUGUUCAAGAGCAUUUAAAUGAGGAGAAGGACGAAAGACUACACUGUGAGGAUGAUCUGCAACCCACAGAACUGGAGUCAGAGAAGCCAGCCCUUCUGUCCUCUGGGCAAUGUAACAGUGUUGAAGAGGGGUCAAAUGCUACUGCAGGUUUCCUGAAGACGGCUGUGCCAGGACCUACAGUGUUCAUGGUGAAAAAUAAUAGAAUAACAGUUCCUGCUAACUACAGUGCUAAAUUUAUGGGCUUCAAGAUGGUGGAUGGGAAACAACAUAUUGUAAUAAAAUUGGUGCCUAUCAAUAAGCAGAAUUUAUUUAUGCCAGGCUCACAGUCAGAUGCUGCAAAGGACGGUAUUGCUAAUUUGCAGCCCCAGACUUUGGAUACUACUGGAUUUUUAACAGGAAUCACGACUGAGUUAAGUGAUGCCAUUUGUAUGAAAACAGCUACUCCGUUUUCGUGUUCAUCUCCUAUAUUUUCAGGGAAAUUAAUUUCAGAAAGAGAAAUGGCAUUGAUAUCUCAACGGAAUAAUAUGCUUCAAACAGCAGAUUAUGAAAGAAGUGUUUCUUUGCCAACAAUGUCUGAAUUGGUUACAGCAUCAGUGAAUUUGGCCACAAAGGUUGAAACAAGAGAUAAUGUAGACUUCUGGGGAAAUCAUAUCACUCAAAGCCACCCUGAUGUAUUAGGGACUGCUAUUAAAAGUCCAGAUAAAGUCAACUGCACCAGCAAACCAAAUGCAUACAACAGUGGAGAUAUGCAUAACUACUGCAUUAAUUAUGUCAACUCUGAGUUACCGGUUGAAUCCUCCAACCAAGGAUCAUUACCCUUUCAUAAUUACUCAAAAGUGAAUAAUUCUAAUAAACGCCGUAGGUUUUCUGGAACAGCAAUAUGUGAAAACCCUCAAAGAGAAUCUUCGUCGAGCAAAACAGUUGUCCAGCGGCCAAUUAGUGAAUCAGUUUUAUCACUAGUGAGGAAGGAGAGCUCAAAACCAGAUAGCCUAUUAGCAUCUAUUAGCCUUCUAAAUGAUAAAGAUGAAACUUCAAAAACAAAAGAUGAAAUUGAAGAGCAGUGUGUUUUAGAUCAAGCACGGAACGCUGAUGGACAAAAUCUGUUCAUUAAUGAAAGUCAAAAUUUAGAGAAUGUGACUGAAAAAUCCGAAUGGAAUGACACUUCUAGUGACUCACCUAUGAUGCCCAGAAUCACAUCUGUUUUCUCCCUGCAGAGCCAACAGGCGUCAGAAUUUUUGCCACCUGAAGUAAACCAAUUACUUCAAGAUGUGUUGAAGAUGAAAUCUGAUGUACAAGACUCUAGUAACACUCCAAAUAGAGACUUGCCACUUCACUAUGACCAGUCAUUUCAAAAGCCUGAGGGAGAAAGCAGAAUCAUCGAAUCUUCAAAAGACUUCAAAGUACAAGGCAUCUUUCAAGUUCCAUCUGGCAGUGUGGGGAUGAAUGGGCCUAUAAAUGAUCUGAAUUUUAAAUGUAAUGGGCCUACAAGUGAUCUGAAUUUUCAAUGUAAUGGAAAAGAAAAACAAGGGCUGUCAGUGCCACAAGAUGUGAGAGACUCAGAGAAGACACCUAGAAUUUCAGGUAUUGGCACACUGCUUAAGACUCAGUCGGAUGCAAUCAUCACACAGCAGCUCGUAAAAGACAAACUACGAGCCACCACACAAAAUUUCGGUACUUUAUAUAUGCAGAGUCCACUUCCAGUUUCAGAACCAAAAAAAGCUAUAUUUGUUCAGACUCCAAAAGGGUUUUUUGUGCCAUUGCACAUUGCUAACAAGCCUGGGUUACAUGUUGUUUCAGGCAGACCGCUUCCACUGGUUAAUACACAAAGUGUCCCUGCUUCUCUUCUUUUAAACAGGAAACCUGGAAUGGUUUUAACAUUUAAUAAUGGGAAACUUGAAGGUGUUUCCCCUGUCAAAGCCGAGGGUGCUCAAACUUGUGGAACUGUGACUAAGGAGCCUUGCAAAACACCUUUUUUGAAGAUAGAACCAAGCAGCAAUUGUCUCACACCUGCACUUUGUUCCAGCAUUGGCAGUUGUUUGAACAUGAAAAGUAGCCCAGAAAACAGUAUGCCAUUAAAAGGCCCUUAUGUUAUUAAGCCGUCAGGAAGUUCUUCAGUGAAAGCUGUUCCUACCCCUGAUAUGCUAUCUGAAUAUCAGGGCACUAAGUUGAAUAUUUUAGAUUCAGCAAAACAGCAGAAUGAGAUUUUUCCAAAACCACCUCUUUAUACCCUCUUGCCUGAGGGCAAACAAGCUGUUUUUUUAAAGUGUAUGAUGCCAAAUAAAACUGAGCUGCUUAAGCCUAAAUUAGUUCAAAAUAGUACUCAUUAUCAAAAUAUACAGCCAAAGAAACCCGAAGGAACACCACAAAGGAUACUGCUGAAAAUUUUUAACCCUGUAUUAAAUGUGACUGCUACUAAUAAUCUGUCAGUAAGCAACUCUGCAUCUUCAUUGCAGAAAGGCAGUGUACCAUCUAAUCAGAUGAUAGGAGGCGAGCAGAAAGAGCCAGAGUCCUCUAGAGAUGCCUUACCCUUCUUACUAGAUGAUUUGAUGCCAGCAAAUGAAAUUGUGAUAACUUCUACUGCAACAUGCGCAGAAUCUUCUGAGGAACCGAUAUGUAUCAGUGACUCUUCAGAGGCCAGGGCAUUGAGGUGUAAAACAAAUUGUACAAUUGAGAGAAACUUCAGUAAAAAGAAGACUACCAGAAAGAACUUUUCAAAAAUAAAAACUCAUGUAAGAAGUAAAGAUUCUGAAGCUGCCUUUGUGUCUAGAAACAGAAACUGUAAACGAAAGUGUAGGGAUAAUUACCAAGAACCUCCAAGAAAAAAAGCAACAUUGCAUAGAAAGUGUAAAGAAAAGGCUAAACCCGAAGAUGUCCAUGGAGCAUUUGGAUUUAGUAGACCUAGGCUUUCAAAAGAUUCCGUCAGAACUUUGCGCCUUUUUCCUUUUAGUUCCAAACAGCUUGUGAAGUGUCCUCGGAGAAAUCAACCAGUUGUGGUUUUGAAUCAUCCUGACGCGGAUGCACCAGAAGUAGAAAAUGUAAUGAAAACCAUUGCUAAGUUUAAUGGACGCGUACUUAAGGUCUCGUUGUCACAAAGAACUAUCAAUGCUUUACUGGAACCGGUUUAUUAUAACCCUUCUCAAGUAACUCAUAAUGAUUUUUCCAAGAGGCACAAAACGUUGAAACCUGUUAGUUCUGUAAAAGAAAGAUUUGUGCUGAAAUUAACCCUAAAAAAGACAAGCAAAAACAAUUACCAGAUUGUGAAGACUACCUCUGAAAAUGUUUUGAAGGCUAAGUUUAACUGUUGGUUUUGUGGCAGAGUGUUUGACAAUCAGGAUACUUGGGCUGGUCAUGGGCAGAGACAUUUGAUGGAAGCUACUCGGGAUUGGAAUAUGUUAGAAUAAUUUACUGUAAUUACCAAUGAAAAGAAAAGUACAGUUACCUUAGAAGAAAACAGUGGGCUGAAUUACCAUAAUGCAGCCAUUUUCUACUUCAAUAUAGUACCUGAAAUUAAACAUUUUAAAAGUUGGUUAUAUUUCUGUGGAAGAGCAAAAGUUUUGUGUGUGGUAUUUGAAAAUGCUCUCAUUGCACACGUAAGUUUUGAAAGAAAGUAAUCACAGCACAGGUGUACCUUGAUUUAAUUUUCUAAAGAUGUGUUUUUGGGAAGUUAGGGCUAAAGAAAUUUUUGAUAAAAGAAUUUUCACAAUUUAGUUCUGUAGUGACUCUUAGAGGGUGAUGGCCGACUCCCCCAGACCCUCUCUUCUUCCACCAGCCUUAUGAAUCUGAAGAGUAUGACUCCUCUGAAGGUGAUAGUUC